AUGCGUCUUGAUCUCAUUCUUCUUGUAGGCUUCGCUGGGCCAUCAGCAGCAGUUCCCCACCUGAAGAGCCACAUCAGCUUCCGAAGGUCAUGGGCAUCUGCUUCUACCAGACUGAACAACGUACUCGCUGAACUUCAUACCAUCUAUCCUGGUAAAGGAACCGUCCCUCCUGGAGCAGUAGCCUCUACAACCGGUACCUUUGUUGUGCCUGGUGCAUGCUCCUGUGACAACGAGGCUCCUGCUACCUCGGCAGCCUCAGCCGGAGUGGUCACCUCAGGAUCAAUAUCAACACCACCAGCUGUAGUCACUGCGACUUCUACUCUCACCACUUCUGCUACACCCUCUCCUGGUGAAGUCGAGAGUGGCAGCGCCUCUGUUUCAGCGGCUUCUUCGGCUGUAAACCCACGCGCAACGACGACAACCACAACCAUUACGACAACCAGGCCAGCUUCAACCGCUGCAGCCGACCCUGCCUUCACCACUAAAGGCUCUCAUCACCACCAGGCCGAUACUUCUGAUGGUGGAGCACACAGGUCUGAGCAUGAUUUGGACUCUCUCGAUCGUGAGCUUAGCACUACUAAAAAGUCCAAGCUACUCCGUCGCCACAAAGGCGGGAAACAUAAAGAUUUGCUUCUAAUAGACAAAGAAAGGGAAGUGCGGUACCUCAAGAGACAAAGUGAGAGGUUGUGGAAAGCGGCACAUAGUUGGGAAAAAGUGUUGCAGCAAAACAUCACAGAUGUCCGAAGGGCAACGAACAAGUUGAGGAGAGGGCAAAAACAAACAGGACGCUAUCAGGCACAGAAGGACCUUGAGGAGAAGAAGCUUGUUUUACAACGUGUCAAGUCGGUGAGCGAUCGAGCUCAUCGUUACGCACGCAUACAAGAAAAAUGGUUGCGUGACGCCGAGAAGGAGCUUGAGAAGGCCCGGUGGGAAAAGGCGGCGAGAGAGGUACAGGGCCUGAGCCAUGAGGAAAUUCUUCGCAAAGAGGAUUUUGGGAAGCAUGCUUCAAGCCACAACCCCAGGAAGCGCUCAGAACCCAAAGAUGCCAGAGAGCAUAACAAGCAGAAGCAGGAGAAGGAGGACAAAACCGCCAAACACAAAGACGAAAAGAAUCACGAUAAGGAAGAGAAGAAGACCGAUGUUGCCAAAGAAGAGGCCACUGAGAAAUCCGACCAUGAGAAGUACGAAGACGUUCUCUAUAGAAAGAUUGGACAACAGAUCGAGGAGAAACUCGGAGAUAAGAGCAAAGGUCACCACUCUCCUAUUGAGAAAGGAGAAAAGCCCGUUUACGUGAUCACUCAGCAGUACAAGGUCUACAAGUGCGACGACAAGAAGGGCUGCAAGGAGGACUUUGGAUCAGAAGAGGAAGUUAAGGAAGUUGAAGGAAAGCAACAAGCCAAGGACGAAGACGAGGACGCGGAGAAGAAGGAGGGCAAAGAGAACAAAGUGGAAAAGGAAGAGGAGAAGGAUCUUUACGAUGAAGAAGGCGACCCUCCCUUGCUUGCUGAUGGUGACGAGGCCGGGCAGCUGCAGCGUCUUCAACAGCUCUACAUGCAAUGGCGUGGCAUGCUCGUCGAGCCUAUUCGCAAGGACCUCGACCCGAUCCUCAAGAACGAUCAGUUCCCGGAGGAUACUGAGAUGGCAGCGCAGCAUCAGGAAGGGAACGAAAAGGAGCAGCGCAAGCGAUUGAGCCAUAUCUACAUGAGCUAUCGCUCUAUGCUUAUUGAAAAGUUCACGAAGCUGCUCGAUCCUAUUCUUCACGACAAAAACCAAAAGACCGACUGA